CUCCGGAUUCUUGUUUCCUCCAUGACCUUCCUGCAACGAAUUGGCCUCUUAGUCGGAACAAAGUGAUUAUGUCGGAUCAGGACCUUCCAGCAUAUGAGUCUCACCCACCCGAAUGGCUCCCCAAAGCUCAUAAUGAGGUUGAUUUGGGAUAUGCUGGCUUUCACCCCCCUCGCCCCGGACAAGAAGAAGACCUGCUCUCCGAGAAUAAUGUCAAGAAUGGGUAUCAUCUUGGAUUGACGGUCACCGCCGAAAGCUACAGUUCACAGUCAACGAUCAGCGAGAACCUGAGGUGCCAUGAAACUAUACUCAAGCUAGAAGAUCUGGUGAAUGAGGUCUUCAACCGACGAGCAACACAAGUUCCUUGCGUUCCGGUUCAUAAUUUUCGCUUCCCCUCGAGAGUGACACUCAACGAUGCGAAACGUCAAGCUUGGUUUGACGAUCUCGCUAAUCCGACUGUCCCACUCUCAAAAUUAGGAAAGAAUGUGCCUCAUGGUGCCAAAGGGGCCGAUUUGCUUGACCUCCUCCAUUUGAAGGAUGUUUCGAUUCCAAGAGCAGUGUGGUUUCUCAGAGUAUUUGGGGCGAACGAGACUGCUGGAUUGCGCGAUAAACCAGCAUACGACCCCACCCAGUACAGCAUCGAAUGGACGAAUGUUGUCACCAGUCAUCUGAGGAAGCAGCUGCAAGAUAUAGCCCUCCCCAGUCCCGUACGGGCUGCAGUCAAUAUAAAACAGACUUUUAAGGGCGUUCUCGCGGAUACAGAGACUCGGGACAAGUGGAUAUCGCGAUUUUCAUACUGCUUGAGACUUCUGAGAGCGUUUUAUACGGACGGCCUUGUAAACAAGCGAACGUUCUUUGUUUGGCUCGUCAACCAAAUGUUCAGCUGUAACUUAGCCCAAGUAGGCUUUAUUGCUAGGAUAGCAGACGAAUAUUUUGACGGCAUGAUGAGAUGUAGAGCUUUGACACGACCUCUCCUCGAAGCCUGCCUUAAUAAACUUACAGAGAUUAACACAACCUUAGCUAAGGAACACCUGGUCGAAACUGAGGAUCUGAUGAAAUCACUGCUCCAACGACUAUGCCUCGUCCUCCCCGACACGUUUGUCAGCCCGGGAAUGUGGAUCUCAUACUCGGAAACCCUCACCGAUAUUCUUACAGAAAACAUCCCCGAGAAAUCAAACGAUGACCUCCAUGAGGCUGGAACGAGUUAUCUUUCGCAACACAUUGUGUAUAAUCUUGCAGAUAUCAAGAAUAGAAACGACACGAUGCUUUUUAGGAAUCUUCCCUAUGUCGCGUCAGUACGCCUGGGAUCGGCAGUGUCGGACGUUGAGUUACUUAACUCAAUCUCAAGCGAAUCGGAUAUCUCAACGUUGCCCUUUUUCCCUAACACCUCCGACGGUUGGUUUGGAAUACCCGAGAAGAUAGUUACACUAUUGACAUGGAGCGUAACGCCUGUUCAAUUUGGAGACCACCGUCCGUUUGUAGCUGUUUCCCUUAUUCGUCAAUGGCGUAAUAAAACAGGUGAAAGAGCAAACCGACGAGAUAUUCACCCACCGGAUGAGUUUCUACAGGACCGUCUCUUUGAAUGGUUGGACUCCUCGGAUGUUGCUGGCGAAUCUCAGAACAUCCGUUCGGUAGCUUUGUUAUUUGGCGAACUUGUGAAAAACGACUUGUUCUCGUAUACAAGCUAUAUUCAACGGCUCAUAGCUCGUGGUGAAUCUGGGUUGUCUGAGGACCAGAAACCUUCUCGACAUAGAACUUUCUUACGCUGGAUUCCGCUGCAUAAUAUUCCACCUUCUGUCCUCAGUCAAAGAAAGGUGGUACUAUAUGGUCUUGCCCGAGUGACUCCGGAGGAUAAACUCUACCAGGACAUCAAAACAGAGAUUACGUCUAUGCUUCCCGAACUUUUCGGAGGCCAGUCCGAUGCAACCCUUCUCACCCCUUACACCGUGUCCAUGGGCUUUACCAAAAUGCUGCAGUCUUGCCGAUCAGAUCAAGUCCGGGUCUUGAAAUGGUUGCAACCAUUUCUUCAGAAAAUGAUCCUCCAGCACGAGUCAGAGGUGUCCAAUUCGAGCAUCUUGAAAUCUUACUGUAUCGCCGCGGAGUUGAUGGCUAAGGCCCAGUGUUUCGAUUCGCUUCUGGAGCUAACAAUCUCUUUGUUAGAAAAUUCUUCAACGGUCGAGCUUCUGAUCACCGCCAUCGACACUUUCCACAGACAUGCCACUGUAUGGGCUGCGAUGGACGUCAAACGAGACAUCAUCUCUACCCUCAAUACUGCCCAUCAUGUCUGGAAACACCGUGGAAUCCAAUCCCGCCCGCUCCUCGCCCUGCUGACAGAAUUCGAUGCUGGCCGUUACUUAAGCGAUAUUCUUCGUGAAGAAAUUGCUGCAGACAUUUCCAUCAUGACACUGGCUUUACAACCUCAUACGGACCGCCCUUCGGAUACAGUCCCAGAUGUUCUCCCUGAAAUAUUGAUGCUAGCGAACGACCCCCGAGUAGACGCACCUUCGAUUCUUGCUAAUGGCCUUUGGAUCAAAUAUCGGAUGUCCUUUUGCUGGGCUUGGAAAGUCUGGGACAACACGUUUGCCAGUUUGCGACAAAUUCCGGCUAUGACAUCUGAUAUAACGACCCGUAGGGUGUAUGCAUUGAGAUAUGGCACAUUUCUAUGGCACGUCGAUCAACAUCUUCCAAUGGGUCUCGACGGACAAGUUCUUCGAUGGUUUUUGGGUCAAGGAAAGAACGAGAUGACUGCUCUCGGUAUCGAUGGCUGGGACGUCGUGAUCGUUGUUCUUCUCUAUCUUUCCGUUCACGGAGCUCUCAAAACCACGAGCAUUCUUGAGGGGCUCGUGUACCCGGCCUGGCAUCUCGGGGCAUCCGCGACUACUGAAGCGCAAGCUCAAUCAAUAGAGACAUAUUUGCGUGCUGCCAAUAGCCUUUGUCAGCAACUACUAGUGAAGGAAGACUGUAACGAUGAUUUACUGCCGCCAACGAAUCUCAUUGACGUCCAGUGUCUUCGAACUCGAAGACAGGCUGUCUAUAGGGAACCACACUUCCCGCUAUUGAUCACAAAUAUUCCUGUGCUGGUUCUGCUGGAGAACAACAACAGCAGCAGUGAAAGUCUUCGAAAAGAAGCGAAGGAUAUUCGACAUUGGCUGUGCGAAAAAGAUCCGUUUCGGCAAGGGGUUUACCGGAACCUGGACAAGGUCCGCGAGGCUUUUGAGAGCUCCCUACAGAUUACCGAGGGUACAAGCGAAGAUAUCAGCAAACAAACUGUUACUGCACUAAGGGUGGUUUUGGGCGAAGGAACUGACGAUAUUGAACUGUCUCAUUGGCCUGAAAAUACGUCAUUACUGAGUCCAUGGAAGAUUUCCGCGACAGCAAUCCAACUACAAUUUGUCCUGAGACAAAUGGGACGUAACAAUGCCCCAAAGGCUCGUGCAGCAAACAUUAUGGCUCUAGACAAGCUCACAACGAUGAUCUUCCGCAAUGCCCUGUCCCCUGAAGAGGCUAAUUUUGUGGCACAGAUGACAAAAGGUGUGGGGAGUGAAAUAUCCGGCAAGUUUAUAAAUAAUGGGAUGCGCCGAGUGACGGAAGUCAUAGGCGGAAUGUCAUUCACAAGCGAUUCGCUCAAGGCCAGCCUGAGUCGGGCAGGAGAGCUCCUAAGAGUUCUUUCCUAUGUCGCCGAGCCUCUACGGGAAGAUGCCGCUGGUCUUCCAGCAAUCAACUCCGACGUUCAGGACAAAUUCUUCCCCACACUUUCGUCGAAAUGGGAAGAAUUACUGAAUCUCAUGCAAGUUGACUCAGACAAGAACUAUCAGUCGUCUUUUCCCGAAGCCGUAGUUUUAUUGGCCAGGUUAUUGCAGUUUGACUUAGCCCUUCGUGGCGUUUGGACAGAAAAAGUGAAGGAAACGAGCCUCAAGCUGGCUAAUACACUCUUCAACCUACUACAGAUCCAUGCUGCUAGGAGUGACACAGAUCCUAUGUCAUUUCCGCUGCUCUUAGAUACACUAUACUAUUUGUUGGACGAGAUUCCCCUCGACGCCAAGCUGGGCUCUUUCGAUCCAUUCCGUGCUUACCCCGACAUACAUCUUUCCGAACUUCCUCCAGAUAUCUCCACCGAAUACCUUUACCAGCUACAGUCCUUGCUCCAAAAUCUUCCAGAAGAUCAAUCAACUGCGAACUUGAAUAACGCACAUAAGGACUCAUCGGGACGGUUGGUUAUCGGCCCUCCUGUCGUUAACAGGCCUUGGGAGUGGAUCGAAAACCUCGGGGAGGCCACAAGUUCCGGAAUCAAUGAUGGGGAGGCGGAGUACCUGAAGGGAAAACAGCCGGUUAAGAACACCGGAUCCCUGUCUCUACUUACUUUUGGUGCCCGCUCGACCGGAUACACCAUAAUGCCUCGAACAGUCGUGGAAGCUCGAGUCCAGAGUACUCUCCGUACUUUUGAGGAUGGAUUUUCCUUUGAGGGGCUCUUCAUCAGGGAUUGGCGGGAUUCUAGGUUGGGGCCUCAUGAGGAUGUAAUGAGACCUUCAGGAGGAAAUGGUUCUGACAGUUCCCAUGACUUGCAAUCACCAAUGGCAAUGCAUUUCAGAAACGUUGAUCAACGAGGAACUCCUCGCGGCUCCCCGGUUUCUACUUCCGGUCAUUCGCUAGGUUCUGUCGUUUCCAUGCGUCCAAGCCCAAACUUACCGGGGAAUCGAGAAUCAACGUCGGCUUCAGGCGCCGGGCCGAUUGAAGUGAUUGACGUUGAUAACUUACCUGCAUCGUUGAAUGCCAGAAACAAGCGGAAAGGAGGCCAAGAUAGCGACGACGAAAUCAUCAUAGUCGAUGGACCUGCUGGUGGGAAGAAUAAGAAAGCGAAGACAACUAGGACUUUACCCAAGUUGGUUAAGAAACGUUGA